GUCGACACGAACGUUUAGCUAACAGUGACAGUGAAAAACGUCGCCCAGUUGGUACAAAGACCAGGGUGCAGAUUUUUAGUUGUGCAAGGCUUGUCCUAGGUCAAGAGUGUGUCCACCAUGUCUGGAGUGAGGAUCAGGAGGGCGGAGCUGACGGACAGAGAGGCUGUCAUUGAUGGUAUAGGGGAUGUGUACUGGGGGCUGGACUACCUACCGGAUCUCUACACCCAGUUUGUCACUCAUCCGGAUUUCCUCAGUUUUGUGGCUGUAGACGGGCAGGAAGUGCAAUUCUUGUUCUGGGAAGUUGCUGUGGGUACUUUGCCGUCUGUUGAGCGGAGCCAGUCCCCGAACGUCGCAGAGAUGACGUCAGCUGACCUGGAAGCUUUAUUCGCCCACGAACAAUCCCGGAAACGGAUCUUCCCACAAGACAUACUGUCGUCCUUCUUCGUGCCUUUCCGGUGUCGUCCGGAGAAUAUGGCGCACUUCAUCAACGACAGGGCCUCCUGUGUGGCCUCAUACAGGGCAGACGACACCACACCUGGUUCUGACGUAACGCCACACGUGAAAACAGUGACGUCUGCUGGCGAUGUUGAGAAGAUCACGCUACUUUCUGCGUCGUUUGUGUACCGCGCCAGGAAGGGACAUUCCUACAACGUCACUUUCUUUGGUACAGAGUACGCAGAUCUGGAGGCGCACCUUUUCUAUCACGUCCACAAGCUCCAGAGGUUUGGUCACGAGACCGUCAUCCUGUCCCUGGUCUUUCUGCAGGAGUUCGCGCCCCUGGUGCUGGAGAGAACCAAGACCUUCCUGGGUCAGUUCGGCAUCACACGCAGUCAGUACCCGGCCAUAGACCACAGCAUUUUCUUUGAAAGCGAUUUUGGGGGGCAAUAGAGAAUACAC